AUAUUCCUCUCUUAUAAGCAAAACAACAAAAAAUACCCGCCGUGAAAACGUAUGACUAUCUAAAAAAAAAUCCGUAAGACCCAUAAAAAGUCCAAAUUAAGGCGCCAGGCAGUAUAAGAAGAGCGCGAAUCGCCUCCCCGCGCCCCGGCUUUCACGUCAUUGGCGGCGGAGGAGGAGGAAGGUGCGAGUGGCUUCUCCCGAGACAAAUUCUCCUCCUGCGCCGGGAAAAUCGCCGCCUUGGAACCAUGUGGCACUGACCAGAGGCGGGAGACGCUGCAGGACCGAAAUGGAGAACGUAGGAGGGAUGGGGGCCAUUCCAGCGCCCAAGAAGAAGAUGGUGUGGAUGAACUCUGUUGCAAUCGGACGGGCAGCCUACCAGCCGACUGAUGUGGAGCAUUGGGCCAACAUGGUCACGCACGGGUUAUUUGUCCUCCCGGCCAUUUAUGGAGCUGUGGUCAUGGUCAUGGCUUGCCGUUCUGACUUACAUCAGCUGGCGGCUUUCAUUUAUGGGGCAGGGCUCGCCGGCCUCUUCAGCGUCUCCACUUUCUUCCAUAUUGUCUUCUAUCUCGGAUAUUACAAAAACCUUAAAGAAGUUCUCCACCGCAGUGAUAGAGCUAUGAUCUAUGUUUUUAUCGCUACCUCAUACACCCCAUGGCUGCUGUUGCGACCCAUGCCUCUGGAUUCCUGGACUCUGCAUUUAAGGUGGGGAAUAUGGGUUCUGGCAAUUCUUGGAAUCUUGUACCAGCAGCUCUUCCACGAGAGAUUCAAGAUGCUGGAGACCGUAUUCUAUCUCAUCAUCGGCAUCCUUCCCUCCCUGGCAGUCAUGGACAUGUUUGAGGAAGAUGCUUCUGGCCUUGAAGAGCUCAAACUGGGGGGGGCCAUCUACGUCCUGGGCGUGAUCUUCUUUAAGCUGGAUGGCCGCAUCCCUCUGGCGCAUGCCAUAUGGCAUCUCUUUGUGGUCCUGGCAGCCUUUAUCCAUUACUAUGCUGUCCUCACUUACUUGAUCCUUCCUCCAGCAUCUGACAGCACCUCCUCAGCCAUGGGGAUAGUGGGGGGAGUCGAAGGCAAGGCACCUGAGACAUGUGAUGCAUCUCUGCCUGAGUGCUCUAGCUUGUAGGAUGGGUAUGCUCCCAGUGCAGGUUGGUUGAUGUGAUUAUUGGGUGGGCCAAAAGUCAAGUAUUAUUAUUCCUCAGGUGACACUUUUCGAUACUGGCUUUGGGGGUUUUCUAUAUGCUGUGAGACAGGUGGGUGCAGAUGUCAGCUUUUGCUCAGGAGAGUUGAUAACUUUUCUGAUAGCCAUGAAGGAUGGAAGAGCAGUGUCAUACACUGCUAGGACUAGCAUUCUUGUUUAGUAUGGGAUCAUGAUAUUUUUUGUUUUCCCUUGACACCUUUAUUUUUGUUUAAAGAAUUGUCAUGGAUACUUUGUACAAUUGUUUUAGAACAUUACUGUAUACUUAGUAAAUCAAGUAUUGAAUAUCAUGAAUAUUAGAAUUUGAGCUUGGAGUCACAUGUUUACUCAUCAGCAGUGGUGCUUAAGCACAUGCAAACACACACAUAAUAUGAAUGAAAAUAAAGUUUACUAUAGAUGGAUAUCAUUUUUGGUUUUGUGAAAUAACCAUGAUGAUAUGUGAUUAGUUGAAGUUGAUGUUAGGGAUUAGCUACAUUAAACCAGUGUUUCUCAGUAUUCCACUUCAUUGUUCACCUACAGCAAUUCCCAAGUCUGCAAAGGCAAGAGGACAGUAUAUUUAGAUUAAAACAGAGCAGUAGCUAAUGAUGUUUUGCAGUCAUAAAAACUAGACCACAGUUGAUACUAAAUGAAUAAGAGAUAUAUUUGAGUUUCAUUUUAUUAUGGUAGCAAAAUAAGGCAGUGAAUGGCAGUUUAUCACCCACUCAUGCUGUAUUAUGACAGAAACUAAGUAGAUUUUAUCAUGUAGAAUAUAUAGAACCUAGCAUAAUGCAGGAAAUAACAAAAACUUGACUGAAUCUUCUCAUGUCCUCAAAGGUUAAGCAGGCUGUAGGAAACUAGUUAGGGAUUUGAAGGACAGCCAAGACUACCCACAUCCAUUUCCAAAAACACAAUUGUAAAGGUAUUCAGACAUACUCCAGUUCCUCAAGUUUUCACAAUGAUUUAAAGGUUCUUUUUCUUUGAAAGGUGAGAAAGAUUGAAGGGAAUGCUGUACAGAACCACUGCUUAUGAUGUAUCCUACUGGUUUUCAUUACUUCUGUGAUGCAUUAAUCAAAGGUGACUUCACUAUAAACCAUUGGAUGAUGUGCUGACAAUAAUGUUCAGGGUUAUUUAGUGAUUACAGCAUGAUCUUAUAUUUCUCUUCAAUUUUAUUGCAAGCUCUCUAAAGUGCCACAAGUUGUCCACGAGUUGUUGCAAUUUGUAAUGUGUUAGUUUCUUUGAGCAUCAGGUAUUUAGUCAAAAGAACACCUCAAGGAUGUAUAGCAUAUUAUAUUGUAUAUGUAAAUUUUACAUAACCAUUAUGUUUGAGUGAUAUUGAUAUAUCUUAUUUCUGUUAUAAUUCCUAUUUAAUCCAGAAUUUUUGUUAUUAGAUUUCCAUUAGGUAUUUCCUCACCUUGACCAAUGAGACUUUUCCAUUACAAUGAGUUGUUAUACAUUGCAUUUAAUUUGUGCUUUUAUAUGUUAGUGUGUUUCUACCAUGCUAAUGGUUAUUGGUGAAAAAUAAUAGAGGGAACAAGAAAACUUCUUUUUUGCCCAAGAAUCUUUUAUAAAUGCCAUUGUAGGAAUUAGGACAAUUUGCUACUAUGUUCUAAAUUAUUUUGUAAAUCAGUCAUGGUUUUACUCAUCUGAUGUGACUGAAUCCUCAAACUUUUGGUUUUAGACUUAAUUUCUACAAUUCUUUUAGCUUACAUGGAUGUGGGUUAUGCAUAGUUUAUGACCUCGACAAGUUUAGUGGCUAACAGAGAAGUUACAGGGGAUGGAGAAAGAUUUUGUGAAGUGGGUGAUACUCAUUAUUUCAGAAAUGUAUUCAUUGUUUACCGCGUGGAAUCCAAUGUUUCCCCCGUUGGGUAGCAGGCUGACUAGUGAAAUAAAUUCACUUAGUCUAAGUAUUA